AUGACGGUAGCUCUGUCAUUUGAAAGCGACGAUGGCUCGCGAGCCAUCGAGAUGCAGGUACAGGUGCAAGAGGAAGAUGGUGUGCGUACGAAAGAAUGCAACAUUCUUGAAUAUUAUGAGAUUGCGCGCAUUGUGGAGCAGAUCUGUCGUGGUGGCUACAAGAAAAUCGCUCUGCAGUUUCCAGACUCGCUACUACCAGACGCGUCGAAGGUUCAGCAGAAGCUGAAGGACCGACUAGUUGGCCAAUGGGAGCGUGUUUUUGUUCUUGGAGACACAUCAUACGGCAGCUGCUGUGUGGAUGAAGUAGCAGCGCAGCACCUUGUGGCUGACUGCAUCGUGCACUUUGGUCGCACGUGUCUGAGUGCUACGACCAAAAUUCCUGUGAUCUACGUGUUCGGCAAUGCGCCGAUUUCAGUCGAGGAUUGUAUCCAGCAAUUGAGUGAACGGAUUGUUGCUGUGGAGCCGACAAAGACACUGGUGCUGCUGUAUGAGCCGCGCUAUCAUCAUGCUAGUGGUAGUGUACUUCAAGGACUAAAGAAUAAGUUUAGCGAACGGAAGUUGGCGGUUGGAAAAAUGAAGACGUUUUAUGAUCCAAAGGACAAGGUGGAGGCGUCAAGCACUGACAAAAACUCGUCAACGUGGGUGCUUCAAAUUGGUGGGCAGGAGAUUGUAGUAGACUCAAAGAAUUGUGAGAUUACCCCAGAAACGUUUGCGCUGCUGUACAUUGGAGCAGAAUCAGCUCACCUUACCAGUAUCUUAAUGCGGUACAGCACUGCGGAUUGUUUCUCAUACAAUCCGGAGCUGAAUUCGUCACGGAAGGAGGGCACGACUGUCAAUCGUGCGCUCAUGAAACGCUUUUAUCUUGUCCAGCAAGCCAAGGAAGCACAAAUUUACGGGAUCUUGAUGGGCACGCUUGGUGUCAAUCGAUAUCUGGAUGUGGUGCUUGGUCUCCAAAAGCUGAUCAAAAAGAGCGGACGCAAGUCGUAUCUAUUCGUAGUGGGCAAAGUCAAUGUGCCAAAACUCGCAAACUAUGCAGAGAUUGAUGCUUUCGUGCUCGUGGCAUGCCCGCAAAAUACAUUAAUGGAUAGUAAGGAGUUUUACAAGCCUAUUGUGACCCCGUAUGAGCUUCAACUGGCAUUGUCGCCUACGGAAGUGUGGGAUGGUCAAUACAAGACGGACUUUCGUGAGGUGAUACCCGCACUUGAGAAUACGACACAGAGUGUGGAGCAAGUAGCAGAUGGAGAAGAGAAUGACAACGCUGAUCAACCAUAUUUCUCAUUAAUUUCUGGAACAUACAAGACAACAACACUCGACCGUAAGGCUAAAACCUAUACCAUCACGUUACACGGAGAAAAUGACGCAUCGACGACGUUGCAAGUCAAAAAUGAGCGCACAGAGCUUACGACAUACUAUAGUGAGGCUGCUGAUUAUUUAUCUACAAGAGAAUAUCAAGGGCUGGACCCACGAAUGGGUGAAACAUCUGCACACGCUGCCAUUAAAGGCAGCAAAGGCAUUGCACGGGGAUACACCCAUGAAAUGAAAUCGAGCUAUACUACUUAA